CACUUGCGCGUCAAAUAAAAUGCAAAGUACGCAUUGACACCGUCACGUCCCAUUGCACACAAUUUCUCAAUUAUUAUUUUUCUUUUUCGAUCUUUUGAUUUUAAAUCUGAAAAUGGACAUGAUCGAGCUUGAAAAAAAGAUUUCUGAAAUUGAAGAAGUUCUAGGAAUCGAUGAUCUCACCACGAAAACAUCAAUUCCCUCUCAAAUCGAGGCUCUUCAAUCCAAAUUACGAGAUGAUUGUAAGGCGAAUCUGCUAAUGUCGAUUCCCAUUCAAAAGCUGGAGCAUUUGAGCAAAAUCGCCACGGAAACAUCCGGCCCAUAUGGAUCGCUGACUGACAAAAUAGAGUCUGUAAAAUACGCGGAAAAGCUGAUCAAUGAACGAGCGGAACGGAUUAAACAAUUUUCAGAUGCUCUUGAGCCCUGCCUCGACCAGGAGCUCUUCUCAAAAGUGGCUGCACUUCAACCGGAGCUUGACGCUGAAAUCGAAAAAUACGAGAAGGCCCUGGAGGACUGGACCAAAACCUACGGAGAAUUCCAGACACUUGUCGCCGAGCGGUCAAUGAUCAACCAAAAAAUCACCGAAAAAGUGCUGGAUCUGCAGACGAAAAUCAACGCAAAAGCUAAAUAAUUAAAUAUUUUUUCGCUGGAUUGUAAUUUAUUUUUAUUUUCUUUGUUUUCCUGUAAAAAUUGAAAUUCU